GAAGCGCCCCGCCCACACUGAGCCAGCUCACGACAGAUCCUCCGGCAGCCCCGAUCCCUUCGGCCCCGACCAGUUCCCAGCCUCCAAACGUCCUGCUAGAAGCAGGAGGAAGGCAGGGGCCCUGUCCCAGAGGUGAGCACCGCCCGCCUCCCGCCCCGUGACUCAGCACCCUCGCCGGGCACCACAGGACUUUUGCCCCCUGCGCACCGUGCCGGCCUCCUGCCCCGAUCCGUCCAGGCUCUCCCGCCGCACCUGCCCAGGAUGCAGGGAGCCGGAGCCCCCAGGCGCCGGGGCCCCUACUCCAGGGAGACAGGCGCUCUGGGCCGUCCCGGGGUCAUACUACUCACCUAUGCGCUGGUGACCCUGGGGCUCACCUGCCUCUUCAUGCGGUUUGCCAUCAUGCCGUACCUGACCCGGAGGCUGGGCCUGGACUCCGUCGCCUUCGGCCACCUGCAGACCACCUUUGGCGCGCUUCAGCUGCUGGGCGGGCCCGUGUUGGGCAGGUUCGCCGACCGGCGCGGGGCCCGCGCCGCGUUCACGCUCACCUUCCUGGCGUCCUCUGCCUUCUAUCUGCUCCUGGCGGCCGCCUGCAGCCCGGCCCUGCCCGGCGUGGCCUUGCUCUACGCCACGCCCUUGCCUGUCGCGUUCAUGCAGGGGAUGCCAGUCGCGCAGAUGACCAUCGCGGACCUGUCUGAGCCCCAGGAGCUGCCCGCGGCCCUGGGCCGCCUCGGCCUGUGUUUCGGGGUCGGCAUGAUCUUUGGCUCACUGCUCGGCGGGACCCUGAGCGCCAUGUGCGGGAUGCAGUGCCCCGCGACUGUGGCUCUGGUGGCCAACCUCGUGGGAGCCGUCCUCAGCUUCACCUUUAUCCCCGUUAACACGAAAGGGGCCAGUGCCCACGACCGGGCGGUCCCCGCAGGCGGACCCCAGGCCAACGUGUUUGACCUGAAGGCCAUCACCCGCCUGUUGCUGCAAUCGGGGGUCCUGCCCGUGUUCCUCAUCAAGGUGGCGUCCAGCCUCCCCUUCGGGCUCUUCAUGGUCAUGUUCCCCAUCGUCUCCAUGGACUUCUUCCAGCUGGAUGCUGCCCAGGCCGGCUACCUCAUGUCCUUCUUCGGGCUUCUCCAAAUGGUCAUUCAGGGCCUGGUCAUCGGGCGGCUCAGCCGUAGCUUCUCGGAGAGGGUGCUGCUCCAGGCCAGCGUGCUGGGCUUCGUCCUGGUGGGACUGGCCAUGGCACUGAUGUCCGACGUCCUCCACUUCUGCCUCCUGAUGCCUGGCCUGGUCUUCAGCCUGUGUGCCCUCAACGUGGUCACCGACAGCAUGCUGACCAAGGCCGUGUCAGCCGCAGACACGGGGACCAUGCUGGGCCUCUGUGCCACCGUGCAGCCAUUGACUCAGACCCUGGGGCCCACCCUGGGCGGCCUCCUGUACCGCAGCUUUGGGGUCCCCGUCUUCGGCCACGUGCAGUUUGCCAUCAACCUCCUUGUCCUCCUCGUGCUCUGGAGACAGCCUGUGCCCCGGAAGAAGGACUGAGUCCGGUGACCAGUGGCCCCAGGGCACAGACUGGCAAUAAACUCUUCCAGCCUGA